GAUAUCCCUGGACGAGUGCGACGUUUCCGACGUUCUCACUUUUUCGAAUUCAAAAAAUUCGAACGACCAUCCAACACCAAGCACCACCAAUAAAGAACCACCGACACCAUGCCUGGAGUGUUACAAGCCACCUUUUACUCACGAGAUCAAGAUGACUUUGUUGAUCGCCGCCAGCACCGUUUAGCAGAAUGUCCACGAGACGCGACCCCAUUUCCGAUUUGCUGGACGUUGCCUACAAUGAUUCUCUCCAGUGGCGGCCACAUCCGAUCUCCCUCUGGAGCCAACAACAACAGCACCAAUCAUCAUCAGUAUCGCAGCAUUAGCGUCCAUCCCUUGAUAUUCCACGACCGUGUGGCCAAUGCUCUUGGUGUCCGUGAGGGAGAUGAAGUGCUCUUUUCCUUCAAAGAUGCACAGCUGGCCAGCAACAACCAACAGGAGAACUUGCAUUGCUACGAUGACUCCCACAGCGAUUCAUCAUCCCACGAUGAUUCCUACAAUCACUACAACAGCAGUUACAGCAAUAUAGAUAGUUCAGUUACUGCCUCCUGGAUAAGAAGAGAUGGAAGCAGUAGCAGCAACAACAUGGACGACAACCUGAUUGCCUUGAGAGUAUCCAUUGCCGCAUUGGCUCCAUUUGAUGUGGCCAUUGACAGUCAACAUCCCGCUUGCAAUCACAUUUUUGAAGGAACCAUUCACUAUGAAAACUUUGGAAACUUUCUGUGCCUCACCAACGGCAGUCAAUGGAAGCUCAACGAGCAAGAACGAGUCUUUCGGGCCUACAAAACAUCCAAAGACUUUCGAUGUGCUGGCAUGAUGCUGCAGGUUGAAGGAAUCACCGACUACUACAAUCAGAACAGUGAUGGCGCUGGUUGUGGAUUCUGCAUUCACGCAUCAUCGCCUCUCGCUCAUCACCCACGAGCAUCCGAACAAAUGGUCCAGGGAUAUCGAUAUUUGGGUGCUACGAGCAAUCCGCACGAAGCCGUAUUUUAUGCCUUGUUGGAAGGGUUACAAUGGGUCGUGCGAUUGGACUUUGGGACGGUCUGGAUUGUGGGAUCUUCCGAGAUGGUCUUUCGACAAAUUCAGGGCAAUUCUUGCUGUACCGGUACCGAUGAGUCUUACAGUGACAAUCCCAAAACGCUGCAACUCAUCCAACAGCUCAAAGACUUGCUCGAAGAGGCGCGGCAUUUGAGGAUCCAGUUCAAGUUUUUGACCAGCAACGAAACGGGUGAAGCCACAGAUCUUGCCACACGGGCUAUUGUGCAGCAACGAAACGAAACCUGGUGCCAUUGGUCGACGAUAAACUUUCAGUCGCAACGAAGCAUGCCUUUCAAUAAGACGCUGGCUAGGCAAGUGUCAAUCUAAUCUAAUCUAGCUAGCCAGGAGCGACCGCGCUUGUGUUGCCCCCAACAUUGAAUGGCAGAAAUACACAUGACACGAUCAAGCUAGCUAGACUAGUGCCAACCAAGAGGACUGUAAAGCCAAAUAAUCAUUAACUUGAUCUUUUGUUUUAAAUAUAUUUUUGCAAGGUCGCUACUAUGAGCUCCAACAUUUUCA